CACGGCGACAAUAAUUCGGGUAUUUCGAUGAGAAAAUAAGGACAGAUUAUUAGGAUAUUUAUUGUAAAUGAGCGAAGGAAACAGUUACACGGGCGGCACUAAAGUGAAUUAAACUAAAGGCUCCUGAACUGACUUUAUGAAGGCUUUCUGAAUUCGAUAAGAAACAACAGAGUAUCAUGUGGAGCUUGUUCGGAUUGCGUAAGGACUCAAAGAAGUCAACCCCAGACAAGGAAGUAGAUGGAGGAUUUGUUAUUGUUGCUGAGACAGUUGAAGAAAAGAGGCAGAAGAUGCAAACCAAGAAUGUCACACAACCCUCAACGAAUGUCAUAGUGCAGUCAUCAAAGUCAUCCUGCUCAACUCCAGAUCCAUGUGACACAAAGCUCCCUGUAGCUUCACACAGCAUGGAGCCAGUGGUGGGGCCUCCAGCAGUAGAAGCUCCUUCAACUCUUCCAGAUCUCCUCAUGGAUGUCCCCUUCACCUUGGCUCCUCAUGUCCUUGCCAUGCAGGCAGGAUUCCCCCUCAUCCCUGAUGUACUACUGUCCCGGGACAUUAACUAUAAUCUAGCCAGCUUUCAGUAUGACUUCACUUUAGAGAACUCUAUACUUCACAGUACCUAGUCUCUGAACUGCAGUAUUGUGAGUUCACACUGUGUGAAACUGAGCUGGUAUGCUCAGUUCCCCACAUUAUAUCAGAGAAAAGCUUUACUUUGAACAAGUCAGCCCCAUAAAAUGACACAAAAUAAAAUCACUUUAAACAUAGAGCUGCUGGAUUAUGAUGAAUAUUUAUACUUCUAUAGAUACUUUGUCUUUCUUUCAAGUUUAUUUCUUUCAGGGAUGAUGUACAAAAAACAUUAAUCACAUAAAAGGAAAAGAUGAUUUGUACCAAAUUUUGCUAUCAGCUAAUUUCCAUCUGCAGUCGCUGGGCGAAUAAAUAAAAUAAAAAAUAGAAUGAAACACAGAUUAGAUCAAUCAGCAGAUCACAAAUACACAUACUCAUAUUACCCACAUAUAUAUACAUACCCACACACAAAGAAAUUUAAUAACAAAGAUAAACAGGACAAAUAUCAAAAAUAUUAACCAAAUAUGAACAAAAUUCCCUAAAACACAAGACAAAUGAAUGUACACAAGACUGAGUCCUCAAAAUCCACGUUUUCAGAUCACAAGAAAAGAUAUGGAAAUUGGUACAUAUUUUUAAAUUGCUUUAAAUUAAUUGGUUUAAAAGAGAAAGCUGACUGCACAGUUGCUGUCCUUCACGUAGGCACACCACAGUAACCCCUGAUGGUGGGCCUGGUAACUCUGCUCGUUUGCUGGAACAGAGCUGGACAAAUCUACUCAAAAGUGGUGGGGCAACAUUAUAUAUAAUCGUGUGUACCAACCAUAUGUCUGAAUACAAAACUUGAUUGUCAAAACCUAACAUAUUAUAUGCCUAUAAUGAUAUUGAUUAGAUUUUCUGUCCAAAAAUUUAAGAGCUUAAGUAAUUUUGUCAAGUCUCACUCUGUAGAUACAACAAAGUACAGGGGUUACUGUACUUUCAGGUUAUUACAUCUCUGGUCCCACUGAUAGCACUUCGACUAUCCUUGUGAUCGGUUAGGAUCAUGUUUUUGUCACCUGGGUAACUAUUCAGACCUGGUCACACAGGGUAAAACUGAUCAGAUACAAAGACGUGUUGAAAACAACCCUACAGAUAAUCUAAACUGCACAGGACAGUGAGUCAAAAUGAACUCAAGGUCCACAAACUCUGUUGGUUAUGAUCAGCACUAAAAGUCUGGGAUGACUAACCUCGGAGUUUUGAUUGAGCCCAGACACCCUUUGAAGGAAACUCAUUUCAACCACUUACUUUAUCUGUAGUCUCAUUCUUUCUGUUGCUGUCCAGAUUUUAUGGCAAUGGGUGAAGAUGGGAAUGUAGAUCAACAGGUAAAUCAACACGCUCAGCUCUCUCUUCAAAACAACAUAUAAUGAUACGGAUUAGUGCUGCUGGCAAUCUUCUACUUCACUCUUCCCUCACACAUAAACAAGACUCCAAGAUACUUAAACUCCUCCACUUGGGACAGCCACUCAUUCCAGGCAGUCCACCCUCUUCACCACUGAGAACCAUGGCCUUAGACUUGCAGGUGCUAAUUCUCAUUCCCAGCACUUCACACUUUGCUGUAAACUGCCCCAGUGUGAGCUGGAGGUGACCAUAUGAUCAGCAAAAAAGUAAAGAUGAGAUCCUGAGGCUACCAAAGUAGAAACGCUCUGCCUAGAAAUUCCGUCCAUAAAAAUUGUGAACAGACAAAGGGUACUGGCCAGUACCUGUCAGAUGCAUCUGGAGUCCCAGAGGCAAACAACAAACAGCAAUGCAGCAAACACCUGGGUUCUCUCCAUCGUUGUUGUUGUUUGUCCAUAGCUACAUGAACUAAUGUUGACAUCCAAGUGAAGAAAUGGCAAAAUGAUUACUUUGCUUCUUUAUCCUGGAUCCCAUUGCAAUGAACAGAAUGGCUGCUGUUACUGCAAACUAUAGUUAAAAUUCAGUUAUAGUCAGAUUUGGCAUUACUUGUCUGGUUGACUCAGGACUGACAUUUUUUAAAGAUGCAGAUACUCUGGGUUCAGGUCACAGAGUGUAUCUGCUCUAAAAUCUGAAGCCAGUGGCGCUGGUGCCUGUGUCAAUAAAGAACAUCUUCUGCCUUGAUGCCUUCUAAGAACCAGCCCUCAGGUUGACAGAGAACUGAACAUUAUACAGGUGCUGGUCAUAAAAUUAGAAUAUCAUGAAAAAGU